AGGGACUGCUUUAGGAGAUGGCUGUCCUGGCUUUGCUGAGUCUGCCAUUUUUAUGGUUUUCCUCCUGCCUACUAGAAACUGGCUGGCAACCUGCCUUCUCCUUUCUUAUAGCCAACGAGCAUCCAUCAGAUGGAAAUCCAUGAAGUGGAUCAUGGUCUUAUCCGCCAGUUGCUUGCAGAUUCAGAGGAGACUCUUGGUGCAUGUACUGAGAAAAUGCAGGCCCCCGCUCCAUAUAACUGGAGUGCUGACUGGAGCUUUUGGAUCUCAAGUUCCACUUAUAAAUAUAGGAGUGAGGAGUUUAAGAGACAGUUUUCACAUCUGCCAGAUUUGGAGAGGCUCAUAGUAGAUUAUGCCUGUGCCCUCCAGAAGGAUAUUCUGCUGCAGGGACGCCUGUACCUCUCUGAAAACUGGCUCUGUUUCCACAGCAACAUCUUCCGAUGGGAGACCACAAUUUCUAUUGCCUUGAAGGAUAUAACCUUCAUGACAAAGGAGAAGACUGCGCGGCUCAUCCCAAAUGCCAUCCAAAUUGUAACAGAAGGGGAGAAGUUUUUCUUCACAUCCUUCAGUGCUAGAGAUAGAAGCUACCUCAGUAUCUUCCGCUUAUGGCAGAAUGCACUACUGGACAAGAGACUGACCAAACAGGAGUUCUGGCAACUAGUACAACAGAGCUAUGGCUCUGAGCUGGGCCUGAACAGUGAGGAGAUGGAGAGCUUUUACUCCUCCUCUGAAGACAAUGGACAAUCUAGAUCCAGCAUUUGUGAUGAUUCUGGAGACAGAGAUGAAAAAUUACCCAAAGCAAUCUGUGAAAUUCAUGAACCCAUCAUUCAGAUAGUAGAGGCAGAGCCAUUCCAUGGAAACACACUGACCGGAGGGUCUGAGCAGGAGGAAUCCCAAAAUGAGAAGCAGAACAAGAGGAGCCCUGUGUUGCCUUCAGAAAAGAAACCAGUUAAGCUAGAGAGACGCAGGCUCCUAGCACAGUCCCUGGAGUCGACUGAGAAUGAGAAUCUUCUGGAGAAGAGCAGUGCCUCAGAUAGCGAGGAAGAAGCCAAGGAGACUGUCCCUGAGAAUGACCUGCACGGGAGACUCUUUAUUAACAGAGUUUUCAAUAUCAGCGCAGACAAGAUGUUUGAAAUGCUUUUCACCAAUUCCCAUUUCAUGCAGAGAUUUCUCAACACCAGGAAUAUAGUAGAUGCUGUAUCGACCCCUUGGAAUAUGGACGGCAGUGGCAAUCAGUUGAGGACCCUCACCUACACUAUAAUGAUUAACAAUCCGCUCAUUGGGAAGUACACAACUGCAACAGAAAAGCAGAUCCUGAAUAAACUGAGCCAGAAAGGUCAGUCUUAUCGGGUAGAUGCAGAGGUGCUGACACAUGAUGUCCCGUACCAUGAUUACUUCUACACUGUGAACAGAUACUCCAUCACCCGCACAUCCAAUCAGAAAUGCAGAUUACGGCUUUCCACAGAUGUGAAAUACAAAAAGCAGCCAUGGGGCCUCAUCAAGUCUCUAAUUGAGAAGAACACCUGGAGUGGGAUAGAGGAGAAUUUCAAACAACUUGAAUCAGAUCUGCUAAUGGAAGAAUAUGCAAUGAACCAAUCUAUAGACGAUCCUGGGAAACUUAUUGCCCUAAGAAGACGACGACGGAAUUUACACCGGAAUGUGGCAGAGCUGCUUCCUAAGCGUUCUUCCCAGCACUCUUCUGGGGACAUUGGAUUGGAGUCCCAGGGCAACAUAGUAGGAAGGAAAAGGGAUGUUGCAAGGAAGACCACAGCCAUCAUUGUGGUAAUGAGCAUCUUUUUGCUGCUCUUGGUUUUGCUGAAUGUGACUCUCUUCCUUAAACUAUCAAAGAUAGAGCGUGCAGCUCAGUCAUUUUACCGGGUCCACCUUCAGGAUGAGAAGUCUUUAAACUUAGCCCCUGACAUGGUGUCCAGAGAGGAUAUCCCUCAGCAUGACAAGGAACAGGUUCAGCAGGUGAAGGGAGUGCUGCAAGACUCUAUUGCAAUGCUUGAACAGCUGAAGAGCUCCCUUUCUAUGCUUCAGAGAAGCUUUGAUCACCUGAACAAGAGCAAGAGUGAUGAGACUGAGAGUUAACAUUACCAACACCCACAACUCAAGAUGUCAUGAGAAUGAAGAUGCUGCAUGUCUGUUUGGGGGUGGGGGGUUUGAUAUUCUGUUGUCUCAGGACUUUUUACUAUUUUUUGCUCAGUAGCUGCUGGUGCAGCUAAUAAAGACCUCUGGAUAAAACAGGGCAGGUUCUGAGGUCCUGUAACUCUGAGAAUCUCUCCCCACCACCUCCAUACAUGUGGUUUUCUUAUGAACAAGCCAGAGGUGUAAAUGAGCGAGAACAUUGUACUGUACUCUGUAACUGUGAUGUGCAAAUUACAGAGAAGAGCCAUCUCAGCACAGCAAUGAUUGUAUCUAAUGAAAUCUGAACUCUUUUAUAUUGAUUUGAAGAAUCAUUGGCACUAACCUACAGCAGGGGCAGGACGGGGGAUGUUCUGUGAAGAAAUAACAGCAGGUAGUGGUUUCACAUAGCAAGGGUAUUCAUAUGCUCUUUCAUAGAUACACAUACUCUGUAAAACAAGUCAGCAGUUUGAAAUACCCAUAUUUAUUUUUUUUAAGACUGUAUUUUUUGUUUCACAGUGAAAGAGCUCCAUGUUUAAUCUCCUAUUAAAUUGUUCUGCACACUGAUGGGCUGUGGUAAUUCCUCCCACCCUACCCCAGCACAUCUGUUCAGCUUGCCUAAUGAAAUUUCAGCACUCCAGAAAAAAUUGUUCCUUCAGUCAUUGGUGUGAUGCCCAGCAGUGAGGAAGCUAUCUUGUCUCUGCUAUCUCUAGCCUUUCCAAAUGGUCUGACAUAGUACACAUUGGGAAAGGACUAGAUUAGAAACAAAAAUUGAAGAGGCCCUUAUCUUGGUUGGGAAAGCUGUUAGCAACUUCCUAAAAAACCUAAACCAGGGUUAACCAUGGCUGCUGCUACAUUGCCAACUCUACACUACAGAAACUGACAUGUUUAAUCAUGCUUGAAAAACAUGCUUGUACCCCAGCUGUGUUAUGGUUUUCAUGUCUUUGUGGACAGCAAAACAACACAUUAAAUAUUUAUUUUAACCCUCAAAGAUGGUUUCCUGAUGUGACUGUGUCAUGGGUUUGGUUUUAUGUUCACAUAAGCAGGAAGAAACAAUAUUAUAACGUGGCUGGGUUACAAGUAUGUGAAAGAUGGCUGUUUUGUAGUGAAGGAAGGGCCAUGAAUUCCCUGAUCAAUGUAUGCAGGGUGUCACUGUGCUACAAACCCAUUUACUGACCAGUGUAUAUUAUAUUUUGGAGUUCCUUUAAAACAGGACUAUAUCCUGUAAAAAACAGUAUCCUGUUUACACUACAACUAUGAACUGUGUCAGGGACCUGGUUAUAAUUGUCCCUGACCCAUUUUCCAGUAUAGAUGGGAUGCUGAGUAUUUUCUAAGCAGUCUAAUACAGUUAUGGUCUUAUCUGUGUUGCAAACUAGAGCUGUUCCAACCAAAGGACCACAGUUGUUACCCGCUCCCCGAUGCAGUUGUAGUGUAGAUGGUGCUGCAGACAUAUAGCACCAUGUGGGAAUGAAAGUGUGAGUUCAGUGCUUUGCUCUGUAUCUACUGGCAGGAGACAAUUAUAGGGCAUUAUUUGCUACUCCUUAUGUGUUGGCAGGGGGCCAGCCUGCCUUUCCUUGUGUAAGCAUGUGGGUAAAGGCAACUAGUUUUUAGCGGUUAGGAUGCAAGACUAGUGCUUGUCUACUACUGAUUGAACUACUUUGGUUUGAGGUUGGGGUCAUAGGCUUUUCCCACCCCCACUAUGCUGUCACUAUGAACGUCUAAUGGAACCAAGAACUUCCCAGGACU